UAUUAUUUUGCAUUAUAGAUUUACCACAUUUAUUUGUGGAAAUUUUAAUAUACUCUUAUAUUACUAGUAUACAUUUAUACUAAUGUUUAUUUGAAUUUUUGCUUUAUUCAUUUAUGCAAUAAUCACGAAUCUUGACAGUCGAUUACAGUAUUUGGUACGUACUGCUAUUAGUAUAUAAGUUUAGAAAAUACGUGGUUGAACUGGGGUGUCGGAGGUGCUCUCUAGUUUAGAAUUUUGUACUCUAGUGGUAUGUGUUGCUGUCUAUGUUUGCUUACUUAAAAUAUAGGUAAUAGGGGCAGGCAGAUAGCAUUCUUUUUUAAGCGAAUGUGUAAACUUUAAUUUUAAGUUAGCAGGACUCGGAAACGGCACUGGGUUUGUUUCCCUUCAGGAGUGGAAGUUCCCGCUUCUGGGUUUAUACAAAAUUAUCAGAAAUUAUAUAUUUUAAUUCUAUUACAUUUACUUCGCAAAUUUAUUUUGUGAUAAUUCUGUAAUAUUUUUUAUAUAUCAUGAUUCAAAGGAAUUUUGCAAUCUUUCGAAAAAUUCAUUUCUAUUUCGAUUCUAUUUCAAAUGAGAUAAAGUCUCUAACAAUCCCUUAAAUAAAAAGAUAAGCUUUAGGUAUAUUAUUACAUGUCAGUAGCUGUAUUAAGAUAUUACCAAUUACACAAUAACAAAAUAAUAGUUUUUUAAGGCCUUUAGAGCUUUAAAGUCUUAAUUAGGCCUGCUUUAGCAAUCAAGGGAUGAAUUUAUUCAUUUUGAAACGAACUAAUGUUUGUAUCGAAUUGUACGAUCAAUUUCGGGCAAAUGUGAGAUAUGUAAUAGUUAGUUGGUGGGCAUACGAGGUUAGAAGCAACUGCCAGGCGUACUUUUUUUAUAGGUGAGCUGUUUCUGGCAAUCAACUGCAAUUCUCUAAAAGGAUGCAAUGCCAAUAAGAAACCACUGUAAGGGGUAUCGCACUGCAAUCGGCAUAAACUUGUCUGCUGCGUAUGAUGCCAUCAAACGCGUGGGCGUAUGAAUUGUUUGAUUAUAUACAGAUGUUCGUUUAUUUUUUGGCUACGAAAACAACGCAAAUUGUUUGACACACAUAUCUUAAGGAUUCGAGUUUUCAUGAUAAUUUGCGUUAAUUAAUUUAGAAUCAACACAAUCGGCUUCACAAAAUACAUAUGUACAUAUAUGUAUAACUAUAAUAUCUAUAUUUUAAAUCUUUUGAUUUAAUAUCUAAUGUAAUAACGCUAAAUAUUUUAAGCGUUCUAGUUCUUAUUGUUAAUAAACAAAAGGUUUAUUAAAACAAUAAGAAGAAAUAGUAUUAUGAUUUUUCGCCAUAUCGAUUUCGAUAGAUUACGUUUGCGUCACAAGUUUGCGAUUUGUUUCGCAAAGUAUCUAGCGUGCAAUGGAUCUCAAUUAAGCAUUGCUAUAUAGUCUCUUUGAAUUGACAGAUGAUUGGUAAUGAUCUAUUAACACUGAUAAAAAUGUCUCAGCGUUGCUAUUAAUUAGUUUACGAACGCUCACCAUCGGUAUAACAUUUUCAUCGGUAGAGUAAGUUGACAGGCGUAUAUUUGUCUCUUCGGAUAAUCGGAUCGAUCAUUCGGUAUCUCGCUUCGGUGAUACUUGCUUUAAUAUCAUUAUCAAACUCCUGAUACCUAUAUACAUUAGUGCGUAUAAUCAUGUGGGCAGAAAAUGAAGAAAUGCAAGAAAUUGAUCUCAGCAAGGAUCAACUUAAACAUCUUAAAAUGGCAUUCGACACAUUCGAUCCCGAAAAGAAAGGCACUAUUCAAACCUCGAUGAUUGGAACAAUUUUAGAAAUGUUAGGACACGAAAUAAGAGGUGUUAAUUUGCCAGACAUGAUCGCAACUUAUGACUUAUGGGGGACGGGAGAGUUAAAAUUUGACGAAUUCACCAAAUUGGCAUCUCGUUUUAUGGAAGAGGACACGGACACGGAAGCAAUGAAAGAGGAACUUAGGGAAGCUUUUCGAAUUUACGAUAAGGAAGGAAACGGUUAUAUUACCACCGAUGUCUUCCGAGACAUCCUUCAUGAGUUGGACGACCAACUGUCCCCGGAGGAACUUGACAUGAUUAUAGAGGAAGUGGACACUGAUGGAUCUGGCACACUUGACUUUGAAGAAUUCAUGGAGGUCAUGACGGGAUAAAUGAUGAGCUUCUCGUCAGAAUUAGCAACAUUCACCAAUGCGGACGAGAAGACCAAAAACAUCAUGUCAAGUGUACAUAUAGGGACAUGUCUGCUUUUUCGAGUGUAUGUGUGUACGCGUAUGAGUGUGCGUUCGGCAGCAUGUUCUUUGAUCAAAUUAUAUAUUAUAUAAAAUUUGAUUAUAUGCAGUUGAAGUCUGUGCUUUUUAAAAUUCCAGGAUUGAUUUUAGAGUUUUAACAAACUUCUUUUUUCAAAAGAUCUUGAAAUCGAUAGAAAUACAUCUUGAUGCAUUUAACAAAGUUGAAAUUUCAUGAAAUUCUAUAGUUUGAUCAAGAAACGUAUUUUGCUGAUACGCAAAACAAUCAUUAUAUAAAGUUUAUAGAAUCGUCUUCAAUUAAUGUAAACUUUUAUUUGAAUUUAAUAUGAAUUCUUAUCUAAAAAUAUAUAAACAAUUAUAAUGUGUGAAUUUAG